AUGAGACAGCAUUGCAGACAAUGGGUCUGUAGAGUAUGGGUUUUUUUGUGGGCUGCAGGAUGGCUAGGAAUAGGAAGGACAACGCCAACAGUUGGAUUCCCAGUAAACUCACAAGUGCCUCCAGUAGCACGUGUGUCGCAACAGUUUUCUUUUACGUUUUCAAAGAAUACAUUUAAAGAUACCAAUGGAGAAGUUAAAUAUGCAGUGAGCGCGCUGCCAUCAUGGCUGAAUUUUAAUGCAAAGGAAUUGAAGUUUUAUGGAGUACCAUCUGUACAAGAUAUAGGAGUAGUUAAGUUUGCAUUAACGGCUACAGACGCCUUGGGGAGUGGGGUUGACCAGGUGACAUUUGUGGUGGUGAAUACGCCUGAACCGACUCUUAAAAUCCCUAUGGACCGGCAAUUGAGGCAGUAUGGGGGAAUAGAUGGAAAGGGGGCGCUUGUGCUGCGUCCAGGGCAGGCAUUUAGCUUUUCGCUAAAGAAGGAUAUGUUUGAUCCACAUGGAAACAAUAUUUUGACGUAUUACUGUGUGUCUGAAAACAACACACCACUACCUUCAUGGGUCAAGUUUGAUCCAGAGGGUCUACGUAUAUGGGGGGAAGCGCCACCACAUGAAGCGGUGGCGCCACCGUUGCAUUUUUUUUUAAAAGUUGUAGCGGUGGAUGUGAUUGGGUUUUCAGGGGCAGAAGCGCCUUUUGGGAUAGCAAUUGGCCCACAGCAUUUGCAAUUGGAUCGAUCAUAUUAUUCGGUAGAUAUGAUGGUAGGACAUUCAUUUACAUAUCCAUUACCACUUUCGAGUUUGACAAGGGGAGGAAAACCUAUCUCUCCAGAUGAGGUCUCACGAUUAAAGAUUACAGUGUCGUCACCCCAUUGGGUUCUGUAUGAUGCAAGCAAUCAUGUUCUUGUAGGAACUCCAUCAGCAGAUGAUGUAUCAGGAAGUGUUUUAGUUACGAUUAUGGAUGAAAAAUCAUAUAAAAUCACAAUGGUUAUUGAUAUGAAUGUUAUAAAGGAUAGCAAGGCCCAAGUAGGGAUAAUUGAGCAGAAGAUACCGUGUUUUUCAUCAGAAACCGGGACGGGUUAUAAAGCACCAUUUUUGCCAGAUGUGUUUCUUGUAGUUGAUAAGCCGUUUUCAUUUCAGAUUGGGGAUUCAUCUUCGUUGUCUAGUUUUGAUAAAGUGGAUGUUUUAUGUAUGCCCAAGGAAGCAUCGGAUUGGUUGAAGUUUAAUAGGCAUACAAUGAGACUGAGUGGUACGCCACCGAGAGAGGGCAAUGUAUCUAUAAGAGUACAUACAGUGAUUUAUUCGUCUGGACAUGAAUAUGAUCAGUAUUUUAUGGUUAAUGAUGUAACAUUUGAUAUAGAUACAGAGGUAGUAGGGAAAACAAGUUCUUUUUCUGCGAUUAUUGCUUUGGCUAUUGUUAUUCCUAUUGUUUUGAUUAUUUUCUUUUUUAUUCUAUAUCUUUGUAUAUCAAGGAGAGUUAGGAGGGCGCGUCUUUCUCCUUCUGGUCAGCGGUAUAUUUCCCGGCCAAUUCUUCCUGAUGCUCGCUAUGGACAAUGGCCUGCAAUGGAUGAACGAACAUGGGAUGAGCCUCAACGGCUUUCUGCGUUUGAUAUUUUUAAAUCAACAAGCGCUAAUGGCCUUUCUGGGUUUGUUGCAGAGGUUAAAGAAACGCCGGCUAACACUAAUCUCAAUACUAAUUCUAAUACGACAUCAAAGAAAUAUCAGAAAACGAAUUUUGUUUCUCCAUAUUCAAUUCGUAUGCUUCCAAUUAAAGAAGAUACAUUUAAAGAAGCUCCUGCUUAUGUUCCCAAAGAAGUACAACCUUUAGCUAAUGGUACGAAUAUUCCACCACAACCAUCUAUAGGACCCCCAGGAUAUGGAAUGCCUCAUCGGUCGUGGCGUAGAACAACAUUGAGUAGUUCGUUUUGGCCAGGCAACCAUGAUUAUCAUGACCGAAAAGUAAACGCAGGUUCUAGAACUGCAUCAACAAGCGAGCCAUUUACUGUAAAAUUGGUUAGUGGCUCAACAAGUAAUUCAGAGUCGUCUUCUGGUGUGAUAAGUAAUGUAGCGUGUUCAAGUACACCGUCUUACAAUUCUUCUAAAGAAUCGUCGGGGAAAAGCAAUGAUAGUAAAGUAACAAUUGGGUCGUAUUCAGAUGACUCAAUAGCAUCAAAGGGCAGUGAGAAUCAGCCUAAAGAAUCCAAAAAUGUUGGUUGUUUUAGAAAGAGUGAUUCACAUAUUUCAAAAGCACGUCCAUGGUCAACACAGAUUGAUGAUGCAGACUCUGUUGACACUUCUAGUCUUAUAAGUAGUGAGCAUUCGAGAAAUGAGUUUUUGUACGAUGAAAAUGAUGAUCCACGUAUAAGUUCGGUUAAUGAACACCGUUCUUCUCUUUCAGGUCCAUUGGGUGCAUCUGAUUCAAAUGGUGUUCAGUAUCGUAUUGCAACCAAGGUAUCUGCACCAUUACAUGCUUGUAUGCAAACGCCUUCAAAAACAGAUGUUUUUUCAACAACUCCUCGUCGAAAAGGGUCUUUGGGGAUGAGGUCGAUCAUGUUAGAUCGACCAAAGAUGUUUGAAUAUUCGCGUCCACAGAAAACGAGCCAAUUGUCUCGCUCGUUAAGUACUGAAGGGUCAUCCGAUAUGGCAUUUAUAUAA